CAAAAUGUUCGCACUGUGGUAUUUAACGUUCGCUGUUGACGAAAUACGCAAACGUCUUGCUUGGUUAUUCAAAUCAAAUAAGCCGGCCCAACCUGCGUUAGACAACAAACCAGCAACUCCAACCGCAAGUCCAGCACCUGCGCCUGCGAAGCCAUCCACAUCAGCAGCGCCAGCUCCGCCCAAACCUGCGCCGAUUACUGUUACACCGCAACCUGCGCCUGCAACACCACCAGCAGCAGCGAAACCAAGUGUACCUGCUCCUGCUCCUGCUCCAGCUCCCGCACCAGCACCAACCCUUGCUCCUAUUACUCCAACUACUAAGCCAGCAGUUGAACCCAAAAAAGUUGCUGACAAAAUGCCGAUUCCCUUGCCCAAAUCCUUGACCGAGGCCAAUACCAAUGGCGCCACCAAUGGCAACGAAAAUGCGGCUGUCGCCGUUAACGACAUUUCGGAUAAUUUGGACAAGAAACUGUUCGAUGCUCAGCAACCGAGCAAGAUUGUGAAGAUCGACAAGGAGAAUAUCAAAGAUUCGAGCAAUGACUUCAUCAAAGGCGAAGCCAAUGCUUUUGUGCAGUCCAUUAAGGAGGCGCAGCAGGCAGGCGAACGCAAACAAGACACCAUGGUUGACGCCGCUGUUCUCGCUAAAUUGGAAGAAGGCUAUGCCAAGUUGGCCGCCUCUGACUCCAAGUCCCUGUUGAAGAAGUACCUGACCAAGCAGGUCUUCGACAACUUGAAGAACAAGGUGACCCCUACCUUCAAGUCUACCUUGUUGGAUGUCAUUCAGUCCGGUCUGGAGAACCACGACUCUGGCGUUGGUAUCUACGCUCCCGAUGCUGAGGCCUACACAGUGUUCGCCGAACUGUUCGAUCCCAUCAUUGAGGACUACCAUGGUGGCUUCAAGAAGACCGACAAGCACCCAGCUGCCGAUUUUGGCGAUGUGUCGACCUUCGGCAAUGUGGAUCCAACCAACGAGUUCGUGAUCUCGACCCGCGUCCGUUGCGGUCGCUCCCUGCAGGGCUAUCCCUUCAACCCCUGUUUGACUGAAGCCCAGUACAAGGAGAUGGAAUCCAAGGUCUCCAGCACUCUGUCCGGCCUCGAGGGUGAGCUGAAGGGCACAUUCUACCCAUUGACCGGCAUGGAGAAGGCUGUCCAGCAGCAGCUCAUCGACGAUCACUUCCUGUUCAAGGAGGGCGAUCGCUUCUUGCAGGCUGCCAACGCUUGCCGCUACUGGCCAUCUGGUCGCGGUAUCUACCACAAUGACAAGAAGACCUUCCUGGUUUGGUGCAACGAGGAGGAUCAUUUGCGCAUCAUCUCCAUGCAGCAGGGUGGUGAUUUGGGCGAGAUCUACCGUCGUCUCGUCACAGCCGUCAACGAGAUUGAGAAGCGUGUGCCAUUCAGCCAUGACGAUCGUCUCGGCUUCUUGACUUUCUGCCCCACCAACUUGGGCACCACCAUCCGUGCCUCCGUGCACAUCAAGGUGCCCAAACUGGCCUCCAACAAGGCCAAGCUCGAGGAGGUCGCUGCCAAAUACAACUUGCAGGUGCGCGGCACUCGCGGCGAACACACCGAGGCUGAGGGCGGUGUCUAUGACAUCUCCAACAAGCGUCGCAUGGGUCUCACCGAAUACCAGGCCGUCAAGGAGAUGUACGACGGCAUCACCGAAUUGAUCAAGCUGGAGAAGAGCUUGUAAAUUCCCCAACCCCAACACACAAUCCCCACGAAGUGUGCCCCCAACUGUGUUAACAUCUCUACCUACAACAACAACAACAACAGCAACAACAAAAACAUUGACAACAGUUAUGCGGGGACAAUAACAGCAACAACAACAACAAAUAGAAAUCUUCAAUCGAUCGCCGGCUUGUGUUAGGCGAUCGUUUUGCAUUAGUAGUUUGUAGCUAUGAAUAUAGAAUGCUGCGUCCGAUCAUGGC